AUGUCGGACUCCGAAUCGGAAGAUCUUCCUCAAGGAGGCAACAUUGACCCUUAUGAGCUUCUGGGAAUCGACCGUGAAGCAACUGCAGAGCAGAUCAAGUCGGCAUACCGGAAGCAAGCCCUGAGGACACAUCCUGACAAGAUCUCAGGCUCCGAUGCAGAGAAAGAGGCCGCCAAGGAGAAAUUCCAGGAGGUCGCUCUGGCAUACGCAGUCCUGUCCGACCCAACACGAAGGAAGCGCUACGAUGCCACCGGCGACACCUCCGAGACCCUUAGCAGUUCCGACUUUUCGUGGGCCGAGUUUUACGCCGAGCAAUUUCGCGAAUCCAUCUCCGAAGAAGCCAUCAAGAAGUUUGCUGCCCAGUACAAGAACUCGGACGAGGAAAAGGAUGACGUUCUUGCCGCUUAUGAACAAUUCAAGGGCAACAUGGACAAGGUCUACGAAGUUGUCAUGCUUAGCAAUGUUUUGGAGGACGACGAGCGUUUCCGGGCCAUCAUUGACGAGGCCAUUGCCAGCAAGGAUGUGAAAGCCUUCAAGGCUUACACCAACGAGAGCAAGAAGUCAAAGGAUGCUCGUGUCAGUUCUGCCAGAGCCGAAGCUACCGAAGCAGAGGAGUAUGCCAAAGAGUUGGGGGUCCAUGACAAAUUGUUCAACAAGAAGAAGGGCAAGAAGGAAAAGAAGGACCCCGAGGCCGGUCUUGCGGCACUCAUUCAGAGCAGACAAAAGUCGAGGGCAGGAUUCUUUGACAGCCUAGAAGCGAAAUACGGAGGUGGGCCGUCUGGUAUGCCAUCCGAGGAGGAGUUUCAGGCCGCAUCGAGGAAGCUUGGUAAGAGAAAGUCGCCAGCGGAUGAUGGACCGAAACCCAGUAAAUCUGGUCGCAGCAAAAGGUCCAAAGCGUAA